AUGAACAUCAGCAACAAGAGCUCGGACCAAGAUCUAUCGACAGUUGAUACGUUGCUGUCCGAAAUCGAAAAAGAGAUACCGGCAUCUGCCAGCAGACAAAUCCCACUACAAGAUAUAGGCGAUGACACUAUGGAAAAAAUAGUCAGCUACAACACACGAUCCAAUUCGAGUCUGGGAGCCCAGGAAGAGGACCAUAAUGAAUCAGCAGAACGACCACUUCUGGAGCCCCGCAAUCGCAAGUCUGUGAUGUUCAAUGACAAGCCCGAGCUUCAUGAAUACUCGGGAACCGAGACGUCAGUAGCAGCAGAGGAAUUACAGAAACACCUUGAUGAGGCAACAGCGGUCGCAUGGAAUCUUUCUUCUCUCCCGCAACCUGAUAUUGAGAAGAAGAAAAAGACAAGAGACCUUUCACACGAUCACAGGCAAGAAGAUGAGGCCAACGAUCAACAUCACAGAGUCAGUAGUGGUUCGGAGUGUUCACAAAGUUCAUUACUGCUCACAACAGAAGAAUUGAGAUCCAAUUCUGUGGCAAAUUUACAUGAUAGGCUUGAUCUCGUACUGGGCAGCAAGCCAGGGUCCCCCAAUGUUCCCAAAUUGAAAGAAAUGAUCAACCAUGUUGACAACUUGGCAUUUGCCCCAUCCAUGGACCGCACAGCCCAGACAAAGCCAUUGAGAAUCACUUUCGAGUCAACGCCGCCGCUAGGUGGCAACAAUCCACAACACGAAUUGCUAGAAUACGAAAUUCAGUCCUCAGAAUCAGACGAAGAAGUUUUCUCCCGAAUCCCACACUCGCCAUCAAAAAUUCCAACAACCAAUACCAUCCGCAUUAACAGACUGGCCAAUUCACCGACUUUGAGACCAAAUCAGGAACCCAGCCGCGUCUCAUCUGGCUCCUCCAUGGAUGAGAGUAUUACUGACCUGGAAACAACAAUGAAGCAGGACAAGUUUAACCUUCUGAGGACAUCUGUACCGCUUGCUGGCAACAAUAUUCAUGAGAUUGCACGGUCUGAUUUUGAGAUGUCAAAUAGGAGCCUCAUUGUUUCUGAUGCGGCACGAAAUGACUCCAGAGUAUUCAGUAUGGCUACGACAGCAGAUGAGUUUCAAUCGGCCAGAGAAAGUGCAGAAAGCUACAGUUCGGCUGACGAGUCUCAACAGUUUCAGGCCAUUGAGGAUCUCCAAAUUUCGGAAGGCCUGGUACGAGAGGACAACACCUUGACGAAAAUCAACGAAAUAGUCAAGCUGGGCGACUAUCAUCAUAGCAACUCUGGCGCUUAUUCAAAAGGUAAUAAGUUCCUACCAUCAGAUUUUGAUCUUUCUGGUGAAGAUAUGGUCAAAUCUCCCUCGACAUCUACUGUUCAGGUAUCUUCGUUACAGGAUCUUAAUAAAGCUAACUCAGCAGACGUUGAAGUUGAAGAUGAACACCUAGGAGAUAAAUCUGUUGAAACUUCUGACCAGAUUGAAGAGAGCAGCGACGACAAUUCAGAAAAUAGCUCAAGUUCCAUUGACGAAGAAGAAGAAGUGGCUCUUCCAGUCUCUAAGGAUCGCGGCGAAACCAAUGAUGCCUUUGCUAAUGAGGAGAAGACUCAAGACCCUACGGCCGCAAUCGUAGCCGAAAGAGUGCCAGCCGAAGUGAGAGAACCUAAUGAAGGAUUCCUUAAAGAUACACGGGUAAUCUCUAACAAUCUCGCAAACGUCUUUGACGAGGAUGCGAUAUUCGCAGACAUAGGUGAUACUUCGCAAGAUUCUGUUGACAUCACCUAUUCUUUGAAACCGACAUACCUUUCAAUCUGGCACUCUCAAGAGGUAUCAAGCAGUGCCUCUCCUACUAUCUCAUCCCACUCACAGUUUUCACAUCAGUCCAACAUAACCAGCGAGUCGUCGAGUUCAGCGCCAUCGAAUUUCAAGCUCAAGCCGCGAAUAGUAAGCAGGACUAAAAUCUACUACCCAAGGACAAGGCCAUCGCCGCGAAUAGGCCAGGAUGAAAUUCAUCAAAUGAAAAACAGUAGCUCUAGCACAUUUGACCCCCUCCGUUCGAAAUGGGCUCAGAGUACACAGCUCGAAUUCUCUAAAAAACACUCCCAUGAGGAGAACAUUCCAUCCAUCGCGCGGAUUGCUUUGGCGCAGGCCGAAUCAGGUCAGGGUCCGAGAGCUGCGUUGAAUUUGAAGGUAGAUUCGCGUACACAUGAACCAAGGCAGCAUGAGAGUCGUGAAGCUGAAGAAGUGGAUACCGAAGAGUCGAUUUCUGGUAAGGUGGCGGAGACUGACGGUAAGAGAACCCAAAUUCUCGAGGACUCCUUACAGUUUACCGAUCUGGGUGACGACAGCUUCGAUCUUGCAGAUGACUUCGAACAAUUGUUGAAAACUUUUAGCCAUGGCAAUACGUCCUCGAAUGAGCCUAGUAAACCGAAUGGUGACCCCGUUGUCUACCACAUAUGGGGUGAAGAUAACUAUCACAACGCCGUCGAGCUUUCAUUUGAAGAUGAACACGACAACGCAACGAGCACCAAGAAAGGAAUCAAUGAAAAGUUACUGACCAAGCUUCUUAGCGGAGAAGGGAAUACCGCAGAAGAAGGACCGAACCAAAACGAGGUAUCUGGGCUGGGAAUACUGAAAAGCGCCGACAGUGAUGUCGCUGUAUACAAUAUCGAAAGCGUUAAAGGAUUUGAAGCCAUCAGAUCUGCAUCGGGAGAAACAGAUAAGCCUUUAAAGAGCUCAACACCAUCGCCGGUAAAAAGCACACAUGUGGAGAGUCCUUUCAAAACUGUCAGGGCCAAAAAUCUCUGUAGUCCAAAGAAAUUGUUAACAGAAAGUCCAGUUCGCAGCAUCAAUGUACAAGAGAAUCAGACACGACAGAUCGAAAAUGAGCCAAGUGUCCGUAACUCGACAGAGGAAACCGUCACGAAUCCAUCAGGACAGGAAAGAAAAUUGCAGGAUCACGGAAAACUCUAUAUUCUGAUCAAGUCGAUAAAAGCCAUCAAGCUCGAAGGUAUUUCACAACACAAAGCUGAAAUAGCUAUGGAAUUCGACAAUGGGAUCAAUGUUGUUCAGACGCCUUGGACACCUCUGGAAAAAAACGCCAUUGAAAUGAACCAAGAGUAUGAGCUGAUCAUGAAGGACAUUAAGCCGACGCUAUGCGCCCAAAUAACUCUAAAAUGCAGAUACCAGAGACCCACUUCACAAUUGGUGGAGGUUACAGAGCGCAUUCCCACCAAAAAGAAGUUCUCAUUCGGCAAACCGAAGUACACUUUGAGAAAAACAUUUGUUAACAAGAAGGUAGAGUACGACAGUUGGGACCACCUAUUUGCCCAAGACGGUUCCUUCGCCCGCUGUAAACUGCCAGUCGAUGAAUCUCAUCUGGAGGGAAAUGCAUUUAGGCGGAAGAAGUACUCUUAUCCACUUUACAAUGAAUGGAAAAGAGAUACCGCGAUGUCACAAGAUGGCAAAAACGUUCACAAUCUUCCCCGUCAGCCUGCUUACAAAAUCGGCGAAAUCGAACUUGAAAUGUGUUUCCUUUCAAGAACGUCUGAGUUCGAAAAAUUUCCGAAGACACUUGAGCUGGCUCAUGAUGUUGUAAACAAGUUUGCUGAACAGCAGGACAUAAAAUUCGAGGGGUUUCUCUGGCAAGAAGGAGGGGACGUCGACGGGCUGCUGCAAAAGCGAUAUUAUGUGUUGAAAGGAACUCAAUUGAUCGCCCACCAUGAAAUCACGCGAACACCACAAGCGCUCAUCAACCUUUUGAAAGUUGUGAGCGUGGUUGGGGAAGGGCAAUUGACUGAAGAGGCAGCUCAAAAAGUAAGAAAUUUCACGGACAUGGUACUAUUCAGUGAGUGCUUCAAACUCAUUUUCGAGAAUGGAGAAAUCAUUAACCUAGAUGCUGAAUCCGCCGAUCUCAAAGCAAAAUGGACCGCUCUAAUCACCCAAGUUGUUGGAUUGAACAAGUUCCACCAACCUUGGGUCAAACAUGUCUUGAACAACAGGCUUCUAGAUUUCUAG